AUGUCCGACGAGGUAAGCGGGAAGAAACAACAAAGUGUUUUACCCAGGGAAGGUACUUCGCGUGGAAAAGCUAUCAGUAGCUCUCAUAUGUCAGUAUAUAAAAGUUCUGAAGAAGAAUCUGUACGCACAAAAGGCUCAAAAGUGUCAUCUGUCUACAAAAGUUCUGAGGAAUAUUUCGAGUACACCUGUGAUCCCUGCAAAACUGUCGGAGAUCAUGCCGAGGCUCAGGGAUUUUGUACUAAUUGUGAAGAAUACCUCUGUAGCACCUGCUUUCGGAGUCAUUCUAGAAGCAAGUUAUCAAAACAUCACGUUCUGUUGGAUAAGGACUCUAUGCCAAAAAAGACAGUUAAACAGUGCGAUCCGUAUAAAUCAGUAGGGGACUCGAUAGAGGGAGUUGUUUAUUGUAAGGAUUGUAACGAAUAUUUGUGUGAUAGUUGUUACAAGAGCCAUACGAGAAGUAAAUUGUCGAGGCACCAUAUAAUGGUAGACACGGACAAAAUAUCCGAACAAUCCGGCCGUGAUGACGAGUUAUCAUUCGCUAAAAUUGAUAUUAGCAAAAUAGCUGUCGUUGACCAGAAGUCUAAAGAGGAGUAUAACUACAUCAGAGAUGUCGAUAUCAAGGCCGGCGUAGACAAGGAAAUCUGUUAUAUCACGGAAAUGACUUUGGUCUCAAACAAUAAUCUAGUUCUGUGUGAUCGUGAUAACAAAUCACUGAAAUUGUUUGAUGCUGAAAAUAAUAUCAUUAAAGAUGUUUUAGUAUUAGAAGCAAAGCCACUCGGAAUUACAACUAUUUCCACAGACCGGAUAGCUUUUGUACUACAAAACAAAUGCCAGAUACCUGUUGUAUCAGUAAACGAACGACUAUCUGUAAUUCGAGCUGUAAAAACAAACGGUAUGUGUGUAGAUGUGAAGCAUGUCAAUGGAAUGUUUUAUGUGUCGUUUAAAGAACCUGUAAAGUUCCAGAUUAUUCAGCUUACAGGUGAGAUAUACAAGACAAUUAAACCUGAUUCUGAAGUUCUAAAACACUGCACUUUUCCAAGACACAUUGCAGUUAGUCCAGACGAGAGUCUGAUCUAUGUGUCGGACUGGAAAUCUAACAAAGUAGUGUGCAUUAACAGGCAUGGGUAUAUGAUAUCUAUGUAUCAAGGUGAGCUGGAUUGCCCGAGCGUUAUUACAAUUUCUUCGUCCGGAUCAGUCUAUCUGUGUAACCGAAAUAAGCACAACGUGAACUUGAUGACGCCUGAUCUUAAACAAUCCACCGUGAUACUAGGAGCAGAAGAUGGAUUAAAAUUCCCCGUAGCCUUGUGUUUCAAUGAAGCCAAACACCAUUUAUAUAUCAGUAGUGGAAGUGAUAAUGCCAGCUUUGGAAAUUGUAUGAAAGUGUAUGGAUCGGAAUAA